AUCCACUAGAAGUAGAAGGUACUAGAAUAACCUCGUCAAACACAUUCACAACAACUCACAAGUCAAGCGAGUAAAGAGAGACCCCAGGGUUAGCGCCCACAGUAAGAGAAAACCUUAGAAAACAAAACAACACAACGCGAAGCUUCGCACAGAGCUUGAGUAGCAGUAGUUAGAGUGUGAGUGGAGGAGAAGGAGAAAAAUUGAAAGAGUAAUGGACGCUUCGAAGCUGAACCAAUUGAAGCAUUUCAUUGAACAGUGUAAGUCCAAUCCUUCCGUCCUCGCCGAUCCUUCCCUCUCCUUCUUCCGCGACUACCUCGAAAGCCUCGGAGCGAAGCUACCAGCAUCUGCUUACUCCAAAUCGAGAGAUGUGGAGAGUGAUGAUGAUUUUGAGGAUGCUGGAGACGAGGAACAACCCAAGGUGGAUGAAGUAGAAGAGGAGGAAGAUGACGAGAUUAUUGAAUCUGAUGUUGAGCUCGAGGGUGAAACCGUUGAGCCUGACAAUGAUCCCCCGCAGAAGAUGGGAGACGCUUCUGUUGAGGUCACUGAAGAGAAUCGUGAUGCUGCGCAGUCUGCCAAAGCUAAAGCCAUGGAAGCAAUUUCUGAAGGCAAGUUCGAGGAGGCAAUUGAGAACUUGACCGAGGCAAUCUUGCUUAAUCCUACAUCUGCCAUAAUGUAUGCCACCAGAGCCAGUGUUUACAUCAAAAUGAAGAAACCAAAUGCUGCGAUCCGUGAUGCAAAUGCUGCUUUGCAGAUCAAUCCCGAUUCUGCUAAAGGCUACAAGUCGCGUGGUAUAGCACGGUCAAUGCUUGGUCAGUGGGAAGAGGCUGCAAAGGAUCUUCAUGUGGCUUCAAACAUUGAUUAUGAUGAGGAAAUAAGUGCUGUACUUAAGAAGGUGGAACCAAAUGCUCACAAGAUUGAGGAACACCGACGGAAGUAUGAAAGGCUGCACAAGGAAAGAGCGGAGAAAAAACUUGAGCGUGAGAGGCAAAGACGUCGUGCUGAAGCUCAGGCUGCAUAUGAGAAGGCUAAGAAGCAAGAUCAAUCAUCUUCCAGUAGAAACCCCGGAGGCAUGCCUGGUGGGUUUCCAGGAGGCAUGCCUGGUGGGUUUCCAGGUGGCAUGCCAGGGGGUAUGCCCGGAGGCUUCCCAGGAGGGAUGCCGGGAGGCUUCCCGGGAGGAAUGGCAGGUGGAGUGCCUGGAAAUGUUGAUUUUAGCAAAAUCUUGAAUGACCCUGAGCUAAUGGCGGCAUUUAGUGAUCCGGAGGUCAUGGCUGCACUACAAGACGUUAUGAAGAACCCUGCUAACUUGGCUAAGCAUCAGUCAAAUCCUAAGGUCGCUCCGGUCAUUGCGAAAAUGAUGAGCAAAUUUGGAGGUCCCAAUUAAACAAUUUCCGAACGUGAACAUCUUUAUCUUAUUUUUCAGUCUUUCAGGUCUCUUGUCUUGCAUAUUUAGUAUUUAUUUGCGUUUUCAUGAAAUUACAUAAAUCUCUCGUCAUUUGUAAGUACGAGUUUUAAGUUGAGAUGUUUAUAGCUCUUACUAGUUGUGGUAAUUGUCAUCAGCACUGUAAUUUUUUUAGAGAAUUUGAAUGAUAAAAGCUGAGAUAUCUCUCAUUUUUAAGGAAAAAAGUGGGGUUGGGGGAUGUGUUAGACAUCGACUUUAGGGCUC